GGAGGGCUGGGACCGGCGAGCCCCGGUUUGACAGGAGGAGGGAGGGAGGCAGCGGGAGCCGCCGGCGCGGGGACGGGGAUGGCGUCAGCGGCGGCCCGAGGAGCGGCGGCGUGAGGGGACAGCCCUGCCCGGCCCUGCCCGCAGCCGGGCCGCACCAUGGGCAGCGCCGACUCCAAGCUCAACUUCAGGAAGGCGGUGAUCCAGCUCACCACCAAGACCCAGCCUGUGGAGGCCACGGAUAAUGCCUUUUGGGAUCAGUUCUGGGCAGACACAGCCACUUCAGUACAGGAUGUCUUUGCUCUUGUACCAGCUGCAGAGAUCCGAGCAGUGAGAGAAGAAUCACCUUCAAAUUUGGCAACUUUGUGUUACAAGGCUGUGGAGAAGCUGGUGCAGGGAGCAGAGAGCGGCUGCCACACGGAGAAGGAAAGACAAAUUGUCUUAAACUGCUGUCGACUCCUCACCCGUAUCCUGCCUUACAUCUUUGAGGAUCCAGACUGGAGAGGUUUCUUCUGGUCAACUGUCCCUGGGGCUGGCCGAGAAGGGGGAGAUGAAGAUGAUGAAAAUGCCCGGCCACUGGCCGAGUCCUUGCUCCUCGCUGUCACAGAUCUGCUCUUUUGUCCCGACUUCACUGUACAGAGCCACCGGAGGAGCACAGUGGACACAGCAGAAGAUAUCCACUCCAUUGACAGCUGUGAGUACAUCUGGGAGGCGGGAGUGGGCUUUGCUCAUUCUCCACAGCCCAACUACAUCCAUGACUUGAAUAGGACAGAGCUGCUGAAGCUGCUGCUGACCUGUUUCUCUGAGGCCAUGUACCUGCCUCCCUCCUCAGACAGCAGCAACACCAACCCCUGGGUACAGUUUUUCUGCUCUACAGAGAACAGACAUGCACUCCCACUCUUCACCUCGCUCCUGAACGUUGUCUGUGCCUACGACCCCGUGGGUUAUGGGAUUCCUUACAAUCACCUGCUUUUCUCUGACUACCGUGAGCCACUGGUGGAGGAGGCAGCCCAGGUGCUGAUCGUCACCUUGGACUAUGACAGCUCCACCAGUUCAAGUCCCACUGUGGAUGGCACAACCACUGGCACAGCCAUGGAUGAUGUGGAUCCUCCUGGACCAGACAAUCUGUUUGUGAAUUACCUCUCAAGGAUACACCGGGAGGAGGAUUUCCAGUUCAUCCUGAAAGGAGUGGCUCGCUUGUUAUCAAACCCGCUGGUCCAGACCUACCUGCCAAACUCUGCCAAGAAGAUACAAUUCCAUCAGGAACUCCUUGUCCUCUUCUGGAAACUCUGUGACUUCAACAAGAAAUUCCUUUUCUUUGUGCUGAAGAGCAGUGAUGUUCUGGACAUUCUUGUCCCAAUCUUGUAUUUUCUCAAUGAUGCCAGAGCAGACCAGUCACGAGUGGGCUUGAUGCACAUUGGGGUCUUUAUCCUUCUGCUCCUCAGUGGGGAGCGUAACUUUGGGGUGCGACUGAACAAGCCGUAUUCUGUACGAGUGCCUAUGGACAUCCCUGUCUUCACAGGGACACAUGCAGACCUGCUCAUCAUAGUCUUUCACAAGAUCAUCACCAGUGGGCACCAGCGGCUGCAGCCCCUCUUCGACUGCCUGCUCACUAUCGUUGUGAAUGUGUCUCCAUACCUGAAGUCUCUCUCCAUGGUGGCUGCUAACAAGUUACUGCAUCUCUUGGAGGCUUUUUCCACCACCUGGUUCCUAUUCUCUGCUGUCCAGAACCACCAUCUUGUUUUCUUCUUGCUGGAAGUUUUCAACAACAUCAUUCAAUACCAGUUUGAUGGGAACUCCAAUUUGGUCUAUGCUGUUAUCCGCAAGCGGAAUGUCUUUCACCAGCUGGCCAACCUGCCCACGGACUCCCAGUCCAUCCAGAAGGGGCUGCAGCGCAAGAAGAAAACCCCUGAACCCAUUUCUCGCACCAACUCCCAGGACGGGGCCUCCAUGGAAGGGUCACGUCCUGCUGCCCCUGCUGAGCCAGGGACACUGAAGACCAGUCUGGUGGCUACUCCAGGGAUUGACAAGCUCACGGAGAAGUCCCAGGUGUCAGAGGAUGGAACCAUGCGUUCACUGGAGCCUGAGGCUUCCCAGCUGUCACCAGAGGGAAACCCACCUGCAGCCCUGAGUGAUGGGGAGCCCUGGAGUGGGGAGGCAUCACAUUCCCGGCGGGAUCGAAGGCGUCUCUCUAGUGCAUCUUCCAGUGGACAGUGGACUCCAACUCCUGACUGGGUGAUGUCUUGGAAGUCAAAGCUCCCCCUGCAGACAAUCAUGCGGCUCCUACAGGUGCUGGUCCCUCAGGUGGAGAAGAUCUGCAUUGACAAGGGUCUCACGGAUGAGUCGGAGAUCCUCAAGUUCCUGCAGCAUGGCACCUUGGUGGGGCUGCUGCCAGUGCCUCACCCCAUUCUCAUCCGCAAGUACCAGGCAAACUCGGGCACUGCCAUGUGGUUCCGCACCUACAUGUGGGGAGUUAUUUAUUUGAGGAAUGUGGAUCCCCCGAUCUGGUAUGACACAGAUGUUAAGCUGUUUGAAAUUCAACGGGUCUGAAGAGAACACUUACCUCUACUGAGAGAAAUACACUGGAUCUAAGGACUGUGGCGUGCUGCUUCAUCACAGCUAUUCCUGCAUUUCACGUCCAGCUGAGAGACCAAAAGGACAAUCGCUUCAUUUACCUCCCUGUCAUUUAAAGCUUUAAUCGGGACCUGCUUGGGCAUCCCUACCCCCAGCUCACUUCUCUUCCCUCACCCUUCACCACGAACCUUGAGUUAAAAGAUAUCUAAGGGAUUGUCCAUUGUUGUGGUUGCACUAGAAAUCAGACUGUUCUUAGCUCCUCUGUUACUCUUUUGCUUCUGGAUGUGGUUUGGAAACAAAUCUGACCCUGUCCUUGCCCUGGUCAGAGUCAGCAUUUAAUUGAAAAAGACUAGCUGUAAAUUGGGUGCAAAGGGAGAAGCUGCUAUUCCUGCAGGAGACAGGGUUUGGAAACUGCAGUUACUUCCAUGUAGCUCCAUAAAGUUUCCAGGGCAUCCCUUCUGGCUGCAGGUGUCUCCCUGGUGUCUCAGUUGCACAUAGGGAAGUCUUUCCCACCUAAAUGAAAGGAGAUGAUGUUGAAGGAGAACUUUGUGUCUCAGUUCUGAAUCUGUCUAGUCCUUUCCUGGAAAGCUGCUUGAGAAGUUUUGUUGGUGUGGCUCAGAAGUUCUUCCUUGGCUUCCUGGCCAAGCAGCCUGUCCUUCAUGGUGGACUGUUGCAAAGGAGCCUGUCUUACUUUUUAAAGCCCUGUUUAAUCCAUGUGAGCACAGAGGGAGGAAGGGACUGGCUCAGUGAGAACAGGAAGAGACCUGACUUAAACUCUUUUAAGUCUUCUCCCACUGGCUGAAAGGACACCGUCACCUGGGUUUGAAAGGAACCAUAUCCUUCCAUCUUUGCCUGGCAGGCUGAUGCAAUGCAGGGAGCAGAAGGGUCUUUUGCACACUACUGUUAAGGCAAGGGUUUGAGGGAGGCACUCAGGGAAGUUGUAGGAGGAAUUUGGAAGUUGUAGGAGGAAAAGCAUCUCCAUGUCAGUAGGGAGUGGAGAAUGCUGAGGCAAAGUUGAAUUCUUCAGGGCAUUUUGCUUAUUGACCAAGUUAUUUGAUCUUGAAUGUAUUGGGUCCCAAGCAUGUGUAAAAUUUGGGAAAUGGAAAUUGGUGGGAGAUCCGCUGUUGCUGGCUUGGUUCGGCAUUGUGGGGUUACACAUUGGUGAGUGGAGACACUCUGAGGUUUGAGUCAAAUUUUAUGUUCUGCUGGGAGGGGAUGCUGUCUUAGACCCACAUGGUCUUUAGGCAAUGAAGUGUGAGGGGUCCUGUAAUGAACUGAAACUUUUCCAUCAAAGCAUAAUCCUUGGUGCUCUUUUAUUCGGGCUCUUGGGAGGACAGGUCUGUCACAUUAAGUGCAGGGACGGUGUGACACACACUCGAUGACUUGUAACCCUGGCUUAAACUUUGCAGCUGCAAUGGUGACAGCAUGACCAUCCUCUCCCAGAGAGCUGCUCGUGUGCUGCUGGCUCCCACUGGCCUGUAGUCAGGUGGUUUCCUCCUCUGGGCACUGAGAGAGAAUGGAGUCCCAGGCCAGUAGAAAGUUAAAUAAAAUCGGAACGGUUUUCUGAAGGAUAAAAAAUAUGUGAAAUAGAGGUUAUUCCCCUACCUGCCUCCCAUAUCCAACCCACUUUGCCACCCAGCACUACUCCCAUCCUGACCCCACCUCUGUUCAGGUGUAAAUAGGGUGAGGGCUCUGUUUCACUUGGAGAAUCUCAUGUAUAAGAAUGUGAUUUGGUGGGGCCAGACUCUGAUUGUAUGGCACUCGCACCUCACAGCUGGAACGGGGCCUCCCGUGUCCCGUGUGCUUUGCCUCUUCCCUCCCAUGGAUCUGCUGGUUCUCAUGAUCUCUUCCAUCCUCUCUUUUCUGCUUUAUUUCUUUGUGAGUUCCUCUGGAAGCCUUUUUGUUUGUUUCUUGGUGUUUGGAGUCUGAUCCCUGUUCUGUGGAAAUCAACUUGCACUGUAAACUCUUUGCUUACUUAUGGACAGAAAGAUAAAGAUUAACUGAAACAUGCACUUGGGUACUUUUUUUUUCCUGCUUCCGCAGAGGGAGGUUUAUAAUUUUGUUUGUCUUAUGUUGAGGUGAUUUGUGCCACUAGGAGACUGUGGGCUGGCUUCCUCUGCAGUGGUAUUUUUUUUUAAUCAUCAAAAAUGAAGAUUUGACUCUGUGUGGGUCAAUUGUGUGGGUCUGGUCAUUUCUGUAUUUAUAGCAUCAUCAAAGAUCAAACAGGAUCAAGUCUCCUGAGUCAAUGAACCAUGUGCUGAAACCUUUGUGCAGUUGAGACCUGUAAAACAGGCACCCUGGCCCUGGGGGCUGUUAGCAAAGGACAUGGAGGGCCUUGACUGUUUAUCUGAUCUGUGGUGGCUGUAGGUGAGAGUUGGGAACUGGUGGGCUUCAUUCCUGUCCAUGCUGAUCAUGUCUUCAGUCUUGUAUUCAGUGUUCAUUCCAAAGUCACCUGCUCUAUGAAAGCUCAGUAACUUAAGUAAACUGUGUUCUAUCCAUUAAACUGGAUAAAAUCCAA